AUGCUCUGCCUGCAGGACAAUGAACUGGAGAAAAUCACCAGAAGAUUCACCAUUGAGCUGGCCAAGAAGGGUUUUAUUGGUGAGUAGUGUCUGUGUUCAGGGAAACAUUGAAGGCUGCCGGUGAAAAUGUCUGGCAGUAAUGUGUAUGUCUGCGUGAAUACAUGGUCCCCUGGAGUGGGGGAGGGGGGGUCUGCCUUCCACUUAGCCCAUACCAACACAGGCAGGGUUUCAUGAGCCCGCGGCGCAACACAAACAUAAAUAACCAUGAUGAGAGAGGGGUUAAACAGAAGACUUGACAAGGGGAAACUGUACACCAGAAAAAAGCUAACACAAAAUAAUCCACCAAAUAUUAUUUGGGGAUGUCAGAAUUAAAUAAGCAGUGCACAUUAACUUCACGUUCUUUGUAACAAUGCACUAUCACUCCCAAGGACCUCCGCUUGUUUAAGAGUUAUUUUAGGGUAAUGCUUUGAAUGUUUGAAGUGCCCGUGACCUGACUUCAGGCCUUUGUAGGGGGUUUCUAGCCUGACAAGUCCACAGUGUUUAAAAAGGCAAGAAUGGCACUCUAUCUCUCUAUAUGUUAUUUAAAGCCGUAAAUGUCGUCCACCUGGUCACUAAAUCAGGAAGGUAUCAGACUAGUCAGAGGAAGCCAGUUAUUAAAAGGCAUUCCCCAACAUUCUUCCAUAGGGGGAUGAGGUGACUGUUUGUAUAGCUACAUGUCUUGGUUACACGUCAUGUGACUAGACUAUCUACAGUACACUGCAAUAGCUUCAAAGUGGGCCAUGAGUGCCUCUAUCUAAAUACAGUUCUACUGUUUCAUACCAAUAUAUUUAGAUGGGUAAUCAUGUGUUUCAGUAUGAGUUUGUUGUUGGUGUAUUGUUUGUUUCUUUACUGAAGGCAUUUUUUGUUAUCCUAGAAGUUCACUUUAAUCUAAAUGAUUUUCUUUCCCCUGUCAGGACCUGGCAUUGAUGUCCCUGCCCCUGAUAUGAGCACUGGAGAGAGGGAAAUGUCCUGGAUCGCUGACACCUACGCCAACACCAUGGGCCACCAUGUACGUGUUCCCUGUAUAAACUCACUGCCCUCUCCCACAAUAGACAGUUUCCACCAGCACAUCCUAUCAACUAAGUUAAACAGCUUUUAACAAUUACUGUAAACCACUUAAAUGAAGGAAAAUGUCAUAUAUAGAACUUUCUCAGCUGUUCCUCUGCUUGGUAUAUUUUAUCACCAUGAAUCUGUUCGUCUUAUCAACCUUAUAACCAAGCAACUAUGUUACAUGACCACAGACCACAAAGCAGAACUGUGUACAGUAGCAAGUGGUCAAGUGAUAAGUUAUUCUGUGUGUAUACUAGCCAUCCCUAUUGACUUUGCUGAGUAAAUAUUUCCAGUAUGUCACUGUGUUUUUCCCUUAUCCCUUUUGUUGAUUUGAGUUUUUACACAAAGUUCUGCUGGACUUUUAUAUGACCCUUAUUUUCCUGUCAUUAGGAUACUGUUCCAAUUCUACUGAAAGACAAAGCUCUAGAUUCCAUUAAGUUUAACUGUCUCUUGCUGUAUGAUGCUUAUGUGUUUUGUUGAUUGCCAGGGAGGAGGUCAGGGAGCAUCUCAACUGUACACUGGAAUUUACCCUAUAGCCUAGUCAUAGAAGUUGGCCUCAGGCUAAAAACAGCACUACAGAGACAGGUGCUCUUGUCCUGUCAAGGAUUAAGUUUGUCACAGUUUGAGGACAAUGCUGUGCUGUGUCCAUGCAGGCCUCAUGGUUAACUCCCUGUCUUCCCAUAGCAGUCAUUAAUGACCUUACUUUAUCAAGACGUUUAGUCUGAUUCAUGUUCUUCUCAGAAUGUAGACUGAAGAUGUUAUUGUGUAGUGUGUUGGCAAUUUGGCCUUGCCAAGUGCAUGUUGGGACUUUUUUGGCAUUGUCUUCCAAUUAGACUAGUUUCUGGGUUAUAUUGAUGUUAUUAUUGUAAAGAGCCUUAUCUUUAUCCCUCGGAUGAUUUUGUCUCCGGUACAUCCCAAAAUGUGUCGACUUCACCAUCCAGUGAGCCUCUUACAAGGUUGCCAAAAUACGUAUAAUAAAAUGGCCGUCUGCUGCAUUUGUUUGCUUAUGUGAAGUUGCUAAUUCCACCACUAACGAACCACACGUUCCUCUCCUCUGUGUCCAGGACAUCAACGCCCAUGCCUGUGUGACAGGUAAGCCCAUCAGCCAGGGGGGCAUCCACGGAAGGAUCUCGGCCACCGGGCGUGGAGUAUUCCACGGCAUCGAGAACUUCAUCAACGAGGCGGCCUACAUGAGCCAGCUGGGCCUGAGCCCCGGCUUCACCGACAAGACCUUUGUCAUCCAGGUACAGACACAGCACUUAUCGAUUAGGAAUGGCAUUUGAUUUACUUUCAUCAGGUAUCAAAGCACUUUACAGUGUAUGGGGGGGGUGUCAUUAUAGUAAGAGGUAUGAGUAGGGUUGCAAAAAUUUACAAAAGUUACCGGAAUCUUCAGUCAUUUUGGUAAUUAAUUGGAAAUCUAUGGCAAUCUAUUGUGACUUUGGUCAAUAAUUAGACAUUUUAGACUUGAAUAACUUGUAUUCAUAUAGUAUUCAUUUAUUAUAUUGAACAAAAAAUAUAAAAGCAACAUGUAAAGUGUUGGUCCCAUGUUUCAUGAGCUGAAAUAAAAGAUCCCUGAAAUUUUCCAUACGCACAAAAAGCGUAUUUCUCUCCAAUUUUGUGCACAAAUUAGUUUACAUCCCUGCUAGUGAUAAUUUCUCCUUUGCCAAGAUAAUAAUCGUGUGGCAUAUCAAGAAGCUGAUUAAACAGCAUUAUCAUUACACAGGUGCACCUUGUGCUAGGGACAAUAAAAGGCCACUCUAAAAUGUGCAGUUUUGUCACACAACACAAUCGUCUGAGACCAGCCACUCGGACAGCUGAUGAAACUGAGGAGUAUUUCUGUCUGUAAUAAAGCCCUUUUGUGUGGAAAAACUCAUUUUGAUAGGCUGCCCCUGCCCAGUCAUGUGAAAUCCAUAGAUUAGGGCGUAAUGGAUUUAUUUCAAUUGACUGAUUUCCUUAUAUGAACUGUAACUCAGUAAAACCGUUGAAAUUGUUGAAUUUAUAUUUUUGUUCAGCAUAUAUCUGUGUCCAUGUUGUCCAUUAGUUUCUAGUAGAUAGGCCAUAUGGUUCAAGAGAAAAUAGCCUAAUUAAUGAAAGAAAGCAUCUAAUCAACAAUGGCAUUUUUUCAAUUAACUCUGCAACUCUUCCAACUAUUGACUGUCACACAUUGACGGCAACAAAUAUAUAUUGACAUUAAAUUGUGUAAAUAAAAAAUUAUAUAAAGGAUAUUUUAUUCUGAAACCCUCAUAUUAACCACCAAUGGUACUUACUAAGUUGAUGUUUUACAGCAUUGUCAUUCAAUUUUAUAUUUUAAAAUCAUCUGAUUUAAUUAUUUCAUAUACAGUGGGGAAAAAAAGUAUUUAGUCAGCCACCAAUUGUGCAAGUUCUCCCGCUUAAAAAGAUGAGAGAGGCCUGUAAUUUUCAUCAUAGGUACACGUCAACUAUGACAGACAAAAUGAGAAGAAAAAAAUCCAGAAAAUCACAUUGUAGGAUUUUUUAUGAUUUUAUUUGCAAAUUAUGGUGGAAAAUAAGUAUUUGGUCAAUAACAAAAGUUUCUCAAUACUUUGUUAUAUAUCCUUUGUUGGCAAUGACACAGGUCAAACGUUUUCUGUAAGUCUUCACAAGGUUUUCACACACUGUUGCUGGUAUUUUGGCCCAUUCCUCCAUGCAGAUCUCCUCUAGAGCUGGGCAACACGGACUUUCAACUCCCUCCAAAGAUUUUCUAUGGGGUUGAGAUCUGGAGACUGGCUAGGCCACUCCAGGACCUUGAAAUGCUUCUUAUGAAGCCACUCCUUCGUUGCCCGGGCGGUGUGUUUGGGAUCAUUGUCAUGCUGAAAGACCCAGCCACGUUUCAUCUUCAAUGCCCUUGCUGAUGGAAGGAGGUUUUCACUCAAAAUCUCACGAUACAUGGCCCCAUUCAUUCUUUCCUUUACACGGAUCAGUCGUCCUGGUCCCUUUGCAGAAAAACAGCCCCAAAGCAUGAUGUUUCCACCCCCAUGCUUCACAGUAGGUAUGGUGUUCUUUGGAUGCAACUCAGCAUUCUUUGUCCUCCAAACACGACGAGUUGAGUUUUUACCAAAAAGUUAUAUUUUGGUUUCAUCUGACCAUAUGACAUUCUCCCAAUCCUCUUCUGGAUCAUCCAAAUGCACUCUAGCAAACUUCAGACGGGCCUGGACAUGUACUGGCUUAAGCAGGGGGACACGUCUUGCACUGCAGGAUUUGAGUCCCUGGCGGCGUAGUGUGUUACUGAUGGUAGGCUUUGUUACUUUGGUCCCAGCUCUCUGCAGGUCAUUCACUAGGUCCCCCCGUGUGGCUCUGGGAUUUUUGCUCACCGUUCUUGUGAUCAUUUUGACCCCACAGGGUGAGAUCUUGCGUGGAGCCCCAGAUCAAGGGAGAUUAUCAGUGGUCUUGUAUGUCUUCCAUUUCCUAAUAAUUGCUCCCACAGUUGAUUUCUUCAAACCAAGCUGCUUACCUAUUGCAGAUUCAGUCUUCCCAGCCUGGUGCAGGUCUACAAUUUUAUUUCUGGUGUCCUUUGACAGCUCUUUGGUCUUGGCCAUAGUGGAGUUUGGAGUGUGACUGUUUGAGGUUGUGGACAGGUGUCUUUUAUACUGAUAACAAGUUCAAACAGGUGCCAUUAAUACAGGUAACGAGUGGAGGACAGAGGAGCCUCUUAAAGAAGAAGUUACAGGUCUGUGAGAGCCAGAAAUCUUGCUUGUUUGUAGGUGACCAAAUACUUAUUUUCCACCAUAAUUUGCAAAUAAAUUCAUUAAAAAUCCUACAAUGUGAUUUUCUGGAUUUUUUUUCUCAAUUUGUCUGUCAUAGUUGACGUGUACCUAUGAUGAAAAUUACAGGCCUCUCUCAUCUUUUUAAGUGGGAGAACUUGCACAAUUGGUGGCUGACUAAAUAGUUUUUUUCCCCACUGUAUUAUACAUGUUAUAAGGCCCCACAGAGGGCCAGAGAUGAUUGCAGACACCUGUGAUAAUCUGAAGUAGCCAAAAGGCCCAGUAGAUGUGAUGGAUUACAUAAAAUCCUUGAAAGAUACCAACAUUCUGGUAGUUUACUGGUAAACUUUGAAAGUUUCCAGUAAUACACCCUCCCUUUACAACCCUAGGUAUGACUCAGCACCUAACAGCAUUUUCUGUUAGGGAAGCAUUGCUCACUGCAGAGUAUGCAUCUACUGCAGCACUGCUUAUAUAUCUACAGAAAUACUGUAACUUAUGACACUGAGACCAAGCAUUGGGCCUUUAUGUUAAACAUACAGUGGGGUCCGGAAUUAUUGGAUGCCUUGAUAAAUACGAGUAAAAAAGACUGUAUAAAAUACCUCUAUCCUGCAGUCUUGUAAUGUAAUUAUUGAAAAUGCCAUUAGGAAAACAUCUUAGACCAGAUUUAAAUUAGUCCAAAUGUAUUUUUUUUUAUGAGUCUGUAAUCUAACUCAUUCUUAUCCCUUUAAAUUCAUACCUAAUCAGCAGGCUUCUGCUUGCCUAGAAAGACUGAGGGAGGAACUGUUGCCUGUGAUCUAGGUUGCUGACUGGUGUCUUUGUAUUGGCAGCUGUAGUAGUUGAGUUGCCUACUUUCCUCAUGAGUCCAUAAAAUAUAAAUACCUGAGUUAUGUAUGAAUAUGUUCCCGAUGUUAAAAGGUAUUGGAAUAUAUAUACAGUAAGGGGGAAAAAAGUAUUUGAUCCCCUGCUGAUUUUGUACGUUUGCCCACUGACAAAGAAAUUAUCAGUGUAAUUUUAAUGGUAGGUUUAUUUGAACAGUGAGAGACAGAAUAACAACCAAAAACUCCAGAAAAACGCAUGUCAAAAAUGUAUUUUAAUGAGGGAAAUAAGUAUUUGACCCCUCUGCAAAACAUGACUUAGUACUUGGUGGCCACUCCUUUGUUGCCUUGGCCGUGUGUUUUGGGUCAUUGUCAUGCUGGAAUACCCAUCCACGACCCAUGUUCAAUGCCCUGGCUGAGGGAAGGAGGUUCUCACCCAAGAUUUGACGGUACAUGGCCCCGUCCAUUGUCCCUUUGAUGCAGUGAAGUUGUCCUGUCCCCUUAGCAGAAAACGUGUUAAUUGAAAUGCAUUCCAGGUGACUACCUUGCACUGCCCCCCCACCCCAUCCUUUUUACGCUGCUGCUACUCUGUUAAGUAUUUAUGCAUAGUCACUUUAACUCUACCCACAUGUACAUAUUACCUCAACUACCUCAACUAGCCGGUGCCCCCGCACAUUGACUCUGCAACGGUACCCCCCUGUAUAUAUAGCCUCCCUACUGUCACUUUAUUUUACUGUAUAUAUAGCCUCCCUACUGUCACUUUUUAUUUUACUUCUGCUCUUUUUUUCUCAACACUUUUUUGUUGUUGUUGUUUUAUUCUUACUUUUUUUGUUUAAAAUAAAUGCACUGUUGGUUAAGGGCUGUAAGUAAGCAUUUCACUGCAAUGUCUGCACCUGUUGUAUUCGGCGCAUGUGACCAAUAAAAUUUGAUUUGAUUUGAUACCUCGUGAAGCUGGUUGAGAGAAUGGCAAGAGUGUGCAAAGCUGUCAUCAAGGCAAAGGGUGGCUAUUUGAAGAAUCUCAAAUAUAAAAUAUUUUGAUUUGUUUAACACUUUUUUGCUUACUACAUGAUUCCAUAUGUGUUAUUUCAUAGUUUUGAUGUCUUCACUAUUAUUCUACAAUGAAAAAAAAAUAGUAAAAAUAAAGAAAAACCCUUGAAUGAGUAGGUGUGUCCAAACUUUUGACUGGUAGUGUAUAUAUAUAUCAAGCUGGGAAGAGGUCUUGCUCAGAAACACCUAGGCAAAGUAUUGUGUUAAAUGAUACAUGCACACUGCUUGGUUGUGGUCAAAUCAUUAUUUUUGGUUAGAGGUAGCAACAUUAGAGGCUACUAUAGAAUGUUACCCAGGAUGUUGGUAUAUUCCCUAAAUAGGAUACAUAAUAGCUUGUUAAAUGUUGAUGUAUGGAGGACUGUCCUCCCACCUAUAGUAGAAUAGUGUUACAGCUAAUUACAAGCUGUACUGGUGGGAGGCUGCAGCAUGUGGUAUCAUUAUCAUAAGUGAACCAUAAACCCACUGGACCAGAAGACACUACACUACUCAUGAACAAGAACAGAAUCAUAAAUGUGCAUUCUGUACAUACAAGCAGGAACAGGCUUAACAAUAUGUGACUUACAGAGCACUCAGGUCAAAAACAAAGGUUCCAACCUAUGUUAUUUUUUUUGUAUUUUAUUCUGAAACAUGUCAUUCUUCUUUCUCUUUUCCCAGGGUUUCGGUAACGUUGGCAUGCACUCCAUGCGUUACCUGCACCGUUUCGGGGCCAAGUGUGUUGGUGUUGGAGAGAUGGAUGGAAGCAUCUGGAACCCCAAUGGCAUCGACCCCAAGGAGCUGGAGGACUACAAGCUGGUUAGUACACAAUUCAUAUCUACAGUCACUAACCUGCAGGUCGACCUCUCUCUGGCUGUUUCAUGCCCAUGUAGAGAGCACAGUCUAAGGGUGCCACCUAGGGGAUGUACAGUCUUCCUACACUCAAAGUCCUCCACAGACAUACAGCCAACAUCCAAGUGGCUCCAAUGGCAAACCAGGAUACACUUUGGUCCUGUAACUGUAUGUCUCUGUCUCAUUGUCUUUCUCUCUCGUUCUUCUCACCAGAAACACGGCACCAUCGUGGGCUUCCCCAACUCCACACCAUACGAAGGCAGCAUCCUGGAGGCUGACUGUGACAUCCUGAUCCCCGCCGCCAGCGAGAAGCAGCUGACCAGGAAUAACGCCCACAAAAUCAAGGCCAAGGUCAGAGUUCAACAAUCAUGUCCAGACCAGCAGUCACUCUUAUGACACAUUUUACAUUACAUUUUACAUUUUAGUCAUUUAGCAGAUGCUCUUAUCCAGAGCGACUUACAGUUAGUGAGUGCAUACAUAUUUUAUUUUUUUCAUACUGGCCCCCCGUGGGAAUCGAACCCACAACCCUGGCAUUGCAAGCGCCAUGCUCUACCAACUGAGCUACACGGGGCACACUGAGUAAUGUGCAGUGAUUCCACAUUUAAUGCAGGCUAAAGUUAUACACAAUCAUCACUGACCUCUAUUGAACCUCACUAACAGUAGGAACAUGUUUGUGGAAAGCUGGAUUUGGUAUGUAUAGUGUAUGUAAAUCGUCUUUUGUUUUUCCAGAUCGUUGCUGAAGGAGCCAACGGCCCCACCACCCCUGACGCUGAUAAGAUCUUCCUGGAGAGGAAUAUCAUGGUGAUUCCGGUAAGAGGCUGUAUGCAUAUUUCAGACUGCAUAUUCAUUUUUUCUCCACUUUCGCAACUUGUAGCAGGUUCGAUUAGAUUCUGUUGGUCCUGGAGACCUAGAUAUUUUUAGGGCCGUUUUCACAGACCCAGAUCUAAACAAAUUGGCCUAGAAGUAAGGCCAGGGCCCGUGUCCACAAAGCAUCUCAGAGUAGGAGUGUUGAUCUACGAUCUGUCCAUACAAUUACAAUCUUAUUCAUUAUGAACUUAAAAGCCAAACUGAUCCUAAAUCAGCACUCGUACUCUGAGACGCUUUGUGGAUACUGGCCCAGAUUCUGACUUGGUAAGUCUACAUUUUACAUUUACAUUUUAGUCAUUUAGCAGACGCUCUUAUCCAGAGCGACUUACAGUUAAGUGAGUGCAUACAUUUUCAUACUGGCCCCCCGUGGGCUACAGUGAAGACAGGGAUUUCAUGGACAUUAAUUAGUUGGAUUGUAUACCUCUGGUCUCCAGAGUCUGACUCCAUUUCUUUGAAUGGAGAUUAAUCAUAGUCCAGGAAUACAUAUUAUAUUAUUUAUUUUUAACUUUUGUUUAGAAGUCAAUUUUGUGCAGAUAGUUGCUUAAUCUGUCUCAGUGUAACUUACUCUUUGACUUCACAGCUCUUGAUUGCCUGUUUGUUACAGCAUAGCUGUAAUGUUAGUGUUUGCAAACUAGUCCACCAUGUAUUUUAUUCAGGACAUGUACCUGAACGCUGGUGGAGUGACUGUCUCCUACUUUGAGUGGCUGAAGAACCUGAACCAUGUCAGCUACGGUAGACUGACCUUCAAGUACGAGAGGGACUCCAACUACCACCUGCUCAGUAAGUCUGACACUUCCCAAACCGUAGUGACGCACUCGCUCCUGCUAGUUCAGUCUACUCUCUGUUAUGCCACAUAAAGAUGUAUUUUGUUUAUCUUGUAUUAUGCUAAAGUUGUAUUUAUUACUGUAGUUCAAGCAUUGAAAUCUUUAAUUACUUCCCUAUGUCAAGGGGGGAUAAUUGUUAGAAUGGGAAUGAGGACUAUUUGAAAUUUCAUAAAUCAUUGGCUGCUUAACCACAAUGUUUUUUUUUUUUUACAGCUGUGACUUACACAUUUAAUAUUUUUUUGACUGCAGAGUAUAAUAUAAUAUAAUAUGCCAUUUAGCAGAUGCUUUUAUCCAAAGCGACUUACAGUCAUGUGUGCAUAAAUUUUUACGUAUGGGUGGUCCCGGGGAUCGAACCCACUACCCUGGCGUUACAAGCGCCAUGCUCUACCAAUUGAGCUACAGACACACACACGAAAUGUCGCUCACAACAAAGGGAACUAACAAAGAAAAUCACUGACAAACAAAACGGAAACAGGUAGGUUUUAGGAGGGGUUCUCAAAGACACUCAUGGGGCUGUCCACCAAAAGUUGACUAGCAACAAGAGUCUGGAUCCUAGUCUGGUCCUCUGUAGCUCAAUUGGUAGAGCAUGGCGCAUGUCCUGCUGGAAAAACCAAUCCUCAGAGUUGGAGAACAAUGUCAGAGCAAAAGGAAGCACAUUUUCUUCCAGGACAACCUUGUACGUGGCUUGAUUCAUGCGUCCUUCACAAAUACAAAUCUGCCCGAUUCCAGCCUUGCUGAAGCACCCCCAGAUCAUGACCGAUCCUCCACCAAAUUUCACAGUGGGUGCGAGACACUGUGGCUUGUAGGCCUCUCCAGGUCUCCGUCUAACCAUUAGACGACCAGGUGUUGGGCAAAGCUGAAAAUUGGACUCGUCAGAGAAGAUGACCUUACUCCAGUCCUCUACGGUGCAAUCCUUAUGGUCUUUUGCAAACCUCAGCCUGGCUCUUCUUUGCUUCUCAUUGAUGAAGGGCUUUUUUCUAGCUUUGCACGACUUCAGCCCUGCCCCUAGGAGCCUGUUUCGAACCGUCCUCGCCGUGCACUUCACCCCAGCUGCCGUUUGCCAUUCUUUUUGUAGGUCACUUGAUGUCAUCCUACGAUUGUUGAGUGACAUUCGAAUGAGUUGGCGGUAAUCCCGGUCAGUAGAGAGUCGUUUUCGCCCUCUGCCGGUCUGUAGCUUUGUUGUCUGCUACUUGACCUUGUUCUUAUGAACCACGGUCUUUGAAAUUUUAAGGAUGGAAGCAACCUGACGCUCACUGUAUCCUUCUGCCAGUAAAGCCAGAAUUGAACCCUUCUUUUCCUCACUCAAAACAUUCCUUUUCAACUCUUUCGGCAUGGUCAAUAGUUAUUUUUUGAUUUAAUAUUACUUUUGAGGUACUAUUAGCACUGUUUUUGCCAUCCAGCUGGUCCUAUUGUAAGAGGAUAGUGAUGACCACAACAGUGGUUUUUAUACUUUUCCUCCUUAAAUAAGAUUUGGUUCAUGUGAUCACAUAAUCAGUACCUAAUUCAGUAGAAUGAGGUGUGCCUGUGUUGGAAUUCAACAGACACUGAAAUGGAAUGGCUGUCAUACAUGUAGAGAUGCUGAUUUAAGGAAAAUUUGCAUUGGUCUCUUAAUAUUUUCCACAGCUGUGUGUGUGUAUAUGUAUGUGUAUAUACAGUGGGGAGAACAAGUAUUUGAUACACUGCCGAUUUUGCAGGUUUUCCUACUUACAAAGCAUUUAGAGGUCUGUAAUUUUUAUCAUAGGUACACUUCAACUGUGAGAGACGGAAUCUAAAACAAAAAUCCAGAAAAUCACAUUGUAUGAUUUUUAAGUAAUUCAUUUUCAUUUUAUUGCAUGACAUAAGUAUUUGAUACAUCAGAAAAGCAUAACUUAAUAUUUGGUACAGAAACCUUUGUUUGCAAUUACAGAGAUCAUAUGUUUCCUGUAGGUCUUGACCAGGUUUGCACACACUGCAGCAGGGAUUUUGGCCCACUCCUCCAUACAGACCUUCUCCAGAUCCUUCAGGUUUUGUGGCUGUCGCUGGGCAAUACGGACUCUCAGCUCCCUCCAACGAUUUUCUAUUGGGUUCAGGUCUGGAGACUGGCUAGGCCACUCCAGGACCUUGAGAUGCUUCUUACGGAGCCACUCCUUAGUUGCCCUGGCUGUGUGUUUCGGGUCGUUGUCAUGCUGGAAGACCCAGCCACGACCCAUCUUCAGUGCUCUUACUGAGGGAAGGAGGUUGUUGGCCAAGAUCUCACGACACAUGGCCCCAUCCAUCCUCCCCUCAAUACGGAGUCGUCCUGUCCCCUUUGCAGAAAAGCAUCCCCAAAGAAUGAUGUUUCCACCUCCAUGCUUCACGGUUGGGAUGGUGUUCUUGAGGUUGUACUCAUCCUUCUUCUUCCUCCAAACACGGCGAGUGGAGUUUAGACCAAAAAGCUCUAUUUUUGUCUCAUCAGACCACAUGACCUUCUCCCAUUCCUCCUCUGGAUCAUCCAGAUGGUCAUUGGCAAACUUCAGACGGGCCUGGACAUGCGCUGGCUUGAGCAGGGGGACCUUGCGUGCGCUGCAGGAUUUUAAUCCAUGACGGCGUAGUGUGUUACUAAUGGUUUUCUUUGAGACUGUGGUCCCAGCUCUCUUCAGGUCAUUGACCAGGUCCUGCCGUGUAGUUCUGGGCUGAUCCCUCACCUUCCUCAUGAUCAUUGAUGCCCCACGAGGUGAGAUCUUGCAUGGAGCCCCAGACCGAGGGUGAUUGACCGUCAUCUUGAACUUCUUCCAUUUUCUAAUAAUUGCGCCAACAGUUGUUGCCUUCUCACCAAGCUGCUUGCCUAUUGUCCUGUAGCCCAUCCCAGCCUUGUGCAGGUCUACAAUUUUAUCCCUGAUGUCCUUACACAGCUCUCUGGUCUUGGCCAUUGUGGAGAGGUUGGAGUCUGUUUGAUUGAGUGUGUGGACAGGUGUCUUUUAUACAGGUAACGAGUUCAAACAGGUGCAGUUAAUACAGGUAAUGAGUGGAGAACCGGAGGGCUUCUUAAAGAAAAACUAACAGGUCUGUGAGAGCCGGAAUUCUUACUGGUUGGUAGGUGAUCAAAUACUUAUGUCAUGCAAUAAAAUGCAAAUGAAUUACUUAAAAAUCAUACAAUGUGAUUUUCUGGAUUUUUGUUUUAGAUUCCGUCUCUCACAGUUGAAGUGUACCUAUGAUAAAAAUUACAGACCUCUACAUGCUUUGUAAGUAGGAAAACCUGCAAAAUCGGCAGUGUAUCAAAUACUUGUUCUCCCCACUGUGUGUGUGUAUAUGUAUGUAUGUAUGUGUAUGUGUAUGUAUGUAUAUAUAUAUAUAUAUAUAUAUAUAUAUAUAUAUAUAUAUAUAUAUCAGUUGAAGUCGGAAGUUUACAUACACUUAGGUUGGAGUCAUUAAAACUAGUUUUUCAACCACUCCACAAAUGUCUUGUUAACAAACUAUAGUUUGUAAUUUUUCCAACAAUUGUUUACAGUCAGAUUAUUUCACUUAUAAUUCACUGUAUCACAAUUACAGUGGGUCAGAAGUUUACACACACUAAGUUGACUGUGCCUUUAAACAGCUUGGAAAAUUCCAGAAAAGUAUAUCAUGGCUUUAGAAGCUUCUGAUAGGCUAAUUGACAUCAUUUGAGUCAAUUGUAGGUUUACCUGUGGAUGUAUUUCAAGGCCUACCUUCAAACUCAGUGCCUCUUUGCUUGACAUCAGGGGAAAAUCAAAAGAAAUCAGCCAAGACCUCAGAACAUAAAUUGUAGACCUCCACAAGUCUAGUUCAUCCUUGGGAGCAAUUUCCAAACGCCUGAAGGUACCACGUUCAUCUGUACAAACAAUAGUAUGCAAGUAUAAACACCAUGGGACCACGCAGCCGUCAUACCGCUCAGGAAGGAGACGCGUUCUGUCUCCUAUAGAUGAACGUACUUUGGUGCGAAAAGUGCAAAUCAAUCCCAGAAAAACAGCAAAAGACCUUGUGAAGAUGCUGGAGGAAACCGGUACAAAAGUAUCUAUAUCCACAGUAAAACGAGUCCUAUAUCGACAUAACCUGAAAGGCCGCUCAGCAAGGAAGAAGCCACUGCUCCAAAACCGCCAUAAAAAAGCCAGACUACGGUUUGCAACUGCACAUGGGGACAAAGAUCAUACUUUUUGGAGAAAUGUCCUCUGGAUUGAUGAAACAAAAAUAGAACUGUUCUGCCAUAAUGACCAUCGUUAUGUUUGGAGGAAAAGGGGACGGCUUGCAAGCCGAAGAACACCAUCCCAACCGUGACGCACGGGAGUGGCAGCAUCAUGCUGUGUGAAUGCUUUGCUGCAGGAGGGACUGGUGCACUUCACAAAAUAGAUGGCAUCAUGAGGAAGGAAAAUUAUGUGGAUAUAUUGAAGCAACAUCUCAAGACAUUAGUCAGGAAGUUAAAGCUUGGUCGCAAAUGGGUCUUCCAAAUGGACAAUGACCCCAAGCAUACUUCCAAAGUUGUGGCAAAAUGGCUUAAGGACAACAAAGUCAAGGUAUUGGAGUGGCCAUCACAAAGCCCUGACCUCAAUCCUAUAGAAAAUGUGUUGCGGCUGUCUGUUUGCCUUUUGCAAAUGUCAAAAUACAAUCGCAGGAAAAAUGUACAGUUUGGAAAGCAAAUGCCUACCCCUCAAAAGAGAAGACUGUCUGUGGAACGGCCCUUCUCACACACACACACACACACACACACACAGUACAGUGUUGGGCACAGCCCCUCCUCUGUGCCUGGAGAUACACAACAUUAUUGGCAGUCACAUUAUGCAGAGUUUCCAGGAAGAGGUGGAUGCUGACUCUGUCUGCAAGCCAUGUCUGACACUCUCGCUCACCCUCUCUCUCUUUCCCGUCUAUCAGCAGCAUCAGUCAAUGAGGCAGUCUCACAUUGUGCACAUGCAUUUUCACACAAAAGCCCCCUCACUCAUGAUGAGCGGAUUAGCAUUAGAUCUUUAUCUGGCUGGUCCUCUUGCAUUCAAUUAUGUAAUCCAAUGUAGGUGAGUGUUUUUUCAUUAAAUUGCAGGGGAGGAUUGAGCUGGUGUUAUGCUUGUCACCGAGUGGGAGGUUUUCUGAGUAUUUCAGAAGCUGAAUCCAUUCCCCAGUCACAUGAGUGGCAAGAUUGGGCAAUGUUGGAGACAUGGUAGAGGGCUCAGAAUAGAUACAGCUGUGAGUUGCCAAUCCCCAAAAUGUUUGCAGAAAUUGAAAAUGUAUACCAGAUUAUUAAUGCAAGUGAACUAACUAAUCUAAAGUUAGUUCACUUGCAUUAUGGUUCAGUGAGGAUUCAUUCAGAGGAUUCAUAUAGACUACUACAUAUCUUCUAUUCUAAUACAUAUGAACUGUCUGUGUUCUCGCUCAGUGUCCGUCCAGGAGAGUCUGGAGAGGAAGUUUGGGAAGCAUGGAGGAGCAAUCCCAGUUGUCCCUACCUCUGAGUUCCAGGCUAGGAUCGCUGUGAGUACAACCCUUCUCCCCCUAUUAUUUCAAUGCCCCUGGAUUACUUUCCCCUCAUUCAAACAAUACCCCUAAGAUACAAUAUUAUAUACAUCACAAUAGACAUUCAACAGGAACUGUUGAUUUUGUUCUCUUGUAAUUGCUUGUGUCUCAGUAUUCACAAACAAAAACACAGACUCUUGUUGGACAGGAAUUUUUUGCAUAUGCAAUAUACAUAGGACAAUAAAUGUGUGCUUCAUAGGAAAAUAACGCCUAAUAACACCUAAUGUGAACUCCAUUGAAUGCAUUAACCUUGUAUGGGACACCAGUAAACAAUGCAACCUGAUCCUGAUGACAGACUAUCCCCAUAGGGGAUUUAUCCUGGGAAAAACCACUCCCUCCCUCACGCCACAGUCAAACAGACUCGUUUAGGACAGACUUGUAAAAUCAGAUACAUCCUCUGCUUGCUGAUUUCCCCAGACACCAUUUUGUACAUUAGUCUCAAAGAUUCACACAUAUUACCUUACUGUUGAUAAAUGAGGCUCACUGAAUGACAGACUGGAGAUAAAUGCUUUGGUCCUGCAAUUUCAUUAUAACCAAGUUUAGAGAUAUUUCAUAGUUAAGCUGCAUUUCUCUAGAGAUGAGUAAUGGUUUAGUUUAGUGGGCUAAAUGUGAGCUCUGAGCCCUAUUUUCAAUGUAUUUUCCUCUGUUUGGGUCCAGGGCGCAUCAGAGAAGGACAUUGUGCACUCAGGACUGGCCUACACCAUGGAGAGGUCUGCCAGGGUAAGAGGCUGAUUGCUUAAACAUGAUUAUCUGUGCUAAACUGUUCCUCACAGGUACAGAGGUUUUAUUGAAAGGAAAUACUUUCUUAAUCCAACACGAGGUCCUGAGGCAUCUUAUUAGGGGAAAUAAGGUUUUGAAAGUUGAAGGCAUCAAGUUCCAUUUCUGGUUUACACAUCUCAUUACCCAAACAGCACUAUGCUCAUAUUGCCUUUUCACUGCUAUCUUGCCACUGUUUUAUUUUCCCAAUGCCAGCUCAUAAAAGGAAUCCCUCUUGAACAUGCAUGCGCGUACACACACACACACACACACACACACACUCCCUCUCUCACUGGUUUGCUGUGCGUGCGAGCAGAGCCUAUGGGUAACUGGAGAAGCCAGGGCUUUGUUAGUCUCAUUUGUUAAUCCCCAGCUCUGAUGCCAGAGAGAGCAGAGAUAGCAUGAGGAUUCAGGCCAUUACCGGCUCCUAAUCACACGGACAACCCUAUACCAUUGACACACACUAUCUAUCCCACAAAAACAGGUGACUUUAAUGUCACGUCUGACUGAGGAUACAGCAACUGCAUAAUACAGGGUUACCUAUACCGCCUCCCAGGAAAUGUAAUACUCUGUGCAGACAUACUGCAUGACAAUCUGCUGGUUUAUUACUUAGUUAUUUCUAUACAAGUACACAUAAAUGUUUUAUUAUCCUGUGGAAAUGGAUCACUCCAUUGAAAAUGGAACAAUAGAGGUGUAUUGCUGUAGGUAACAAAUGGAGAAGGAGAGGAAAAUAAUGAAUACUUGAAGGGAGAUUUUAUAUCUUUGUUUAUAUUAUUUGUUUUCUCUUCCUCUUUAGCAAAUAAUGCGUACCGCUAACAAGUACAACCUGGGCCUUGACCUGAGGACAGCAGCGUACGUCAACGCCAUCGAGAAGGUCUUCAAGGUGUACAACGAGGCAGGUCUUACCUUCACAUAG